AUGCAAGGCUCGAUCCCGGAGAAGAAGCUUUCGGGCGAAUACGUCGACGACAAGCACGGCGACGCGACCUUCAUCAGUGGAUUCAGUGCCGCCGGGGGUCGACGCAGUGCGACCUCGAGCGAACUUGAAUCGGGGGCUCAGCAGACCCAGUAUGAUGAGGAUGGCGUGGAACGUGUGGCACCGGAGAAUGAUUUGCAUCGCGGUCUCAAGGCCAGGCAGUUGAGUCCCGCUCUUCCUUCUCCGCUGGAUCGCGAAUCACGCUUUCGGCGCUGCUGGUCACGUAGGAGCAUCCUCCGCACCACCGAGACUCUUGCUCCACUAGCAGCACGGGAUCGAUCAACAACAACGCUACAGUCAGCUGACGAGGACGUUCAUUUCCCUUAUGAUUUUAUAGAAUUUCCAUGAUUGCCCUAGGUCAGUUGCUUCUGCCCAUCUAGCUUCAUCGGCCACGACGCUUCCGUUCACUGGUCUGGACAGCGCCCGCGAAAGCCCGCCUCCCGAGAGGCCCGGCGGCGAUCGUUGGUCGUGUCGGCCUUUGUUUCUUGUGGGUGCCAAGCUCUCUCCAUCAUUAUGUACUGACGUCGUUUCCUGCGUACUCUCUGUACCUCUCAUUCCCAUUACUUCGUUUCAAAUUGCUCGACCUCGCACGAUGAUUUAAUUGUACUUUAGGUGGUGCCAUUGGAACGGGCCUCGUCAUUGGUAAGUCACACAUUUCUCAGAUUUAGUGUUCAGAUUCGGUGUCAGGAGGCCACAUGGGAAUCCGAGCUAACCGCCGCUACUCCCCCACCCACCUCCGUCCGUUUCAGGUUCCGGAACAGGCCUAUCCCGAGGUGGUCCGGUCGGACUGUUGUUGGCGUAUGUGGUCAUGGGAACGGUAUGCUUCGGUGUUCUUGCUUCCCUCGGUGAAAUGGCGUAAGUCACCUUCCACCUCACCAUGUCCUCCGGCAGGGCGAAGCAUAAAUCGCUAGGGGCUCGCGCGACUUGGUCAAAGAGCUGAUCUCGAUCUCAAAUUCACUUUGGCGACAGGACUUUAAUUCCGCACAAAAAGGGAUUUUCAGGGUAUGCAUCUCGAUUCGUUGAUCCUGCGAUGGGUUUCGCUACCGGUAGGUUCUUCCGCUUCAGCUGUGGCGGAGGUCAGAUGACCCUUUGUCCGGUCUCGGCAAAGUGCGGUAUUCGCUGGACUCGAGAGGGGUAGCCGAGCUGAUUUCUGAUUGGGGUUCACUUCAAAUAGGAUGGAACUACUUGUUCAAAUACCUCGUCGUCACACCAAACAACAUCACUGUACGCUUCGUAGUCUCUUUGAAGAGUGUGCACCAGCGGCCAGCGGCUGAUCGGUCGGAAGAACUUUCACAUACACAGGCGGCGUCCAUCGUCAUUCAGUACUGGACUCGCGCCGUGCCCGUAGGAGCAUGGAUCACCAUCUUCAACGUCAUUAGUGAGUAGUCGGCACCCGACUCUCAAGCAAAUUCGCAGCACGAUUACUGACACUCCUCGGCGGUGCUUUCCCCGCGCGCAGUCAUCGUCAUCAACUUGCUCGGUAUCAAGGUCUUUGGCGAGAUCGAGUUCUGGCUCUCGUUCUUCAAAAUCAUCGUCUUGACGGGAUUGAUCCUCCUCGGUUGGAUCAUCGAUCUCGGAGGUGUCCCCGGCCAAGGCCGUAUCGGCUUCCGCUACUGGCGCGACCAACCUUUCGCGCACUACAUCUACAACACCGACACGGGUGUUUUCCUCGGUGUCUGGUCGUGCAUGACCACCGCGCUUUUCGCCUACAUGGGGUGCGAGUUGAUCGGUGUCACCUUCGGCGAGGCCAAGAACCCUCGCAAGACGAUCCCCAAGACGAUCCGUCGCACGUUCUGGCGUCUGCUCAUCUUCUACGUCGGAUCCAUCUUCGUCGUCGGUCUCAUCGUCUCGGCGAACGACCCCGAUCUCUUGACCGCCAACAAGCGCCGCACGAGUGCCGCCGCCUCCCCGUUCGUCGUCGCCAUCCAACGAGCCGGUAUCAAGGUCCUACCCGAUAUCAUCAACGCCUCGAUCCUCAUGUUCGUCAUGUCGGCCGCCAACUCGGAUCUCUACAUCGGUUCGCGCACCCUGUACGCUCUUGCGGCCGAGAGCAAAGCGCCCAAGAUCUUCAUGCGCACGAACCGUUACGGAACGCCUUACAUCGCCCUUGCGUUCUGCUCUGCUUUCUGCUGUUUGGCCUACAUGAACGUCGCAGCUGAAGGUGCCCAGGUCUUCACCUACUUCACUGCGCUCGUGACCAUCUUUGGUGCUCUGACCUGGCUCAGUAUCCUCGUCUCCCACGUGCGCUUCAUGAAGGGUCUCAAGGUGCAAGGGAUCUCGCGUGAUACGUUGCCGUGGCAGGCACCGCUGCAGCCUUAUUUGGCCUACUUCUCCAUCGUCGUCACUUCGAUCGUCACUUUGUUCAAGGGCUUUGAUGCCUUCAUGCCCAACUUCAAGUUCAGGACUUUCAUCACCGCUUACCUCGGUCUUCGUGAGUUGACGCAGUCCCUUUCCAGCGCAAGUGUUUUAUCGUCCGAAAACUGACGACUUCUAUCUUGACGAACCCCCCCCCCCCUUUACAGCUAUCUACGUCAUCCUUUACACGGGAUGGAAGAUCUAUCACCGCACGUCCAUCAUCCCCUUGGCCGAACUCGACUUCGUCUCCGGCCGUCGCGAAUUCGACGAGGACGAAGCCGCCGAAGAAGCCGCCGCGAACAAGCAUACCCCUUUGUGGAAGAAGAUUUGGCAAGGCGCGUAA